GGACCCUGGGAUCAUGACCUGAGCCGAAGGCAGACGCUUAGCCACUGAGCCACCCAGGUGCCCCUCUAUGAGUGCUUUCUAUAAAGUCUUUAUAGUAUUUACCUUGACAUAAAUACUCAUGAAAAGUUGUGUCCUAAAAUAUGGAAUCCUUGUUUGCCCUGCCACCCCAAUUAACUAGGUGCUAUAGUGUUAAAUACCAUAUACCUCAAAAUAAUACUGAAAAUUUCAAAGGCACCUUUCUUCCACAGAACGUCAGUGCAAAUACUACCUAAUUUGUCCUCAGCAUUCCAAAGAAAAUUAUGGUAUUCUUAGGUUUCACUGAAGAGAGAAGUAGACAGAAUCAGAAAAAAUGAGUAUGAAAAUCUGGUGAGGUUAAGGAGAGAAUUCAGGAUUUAAAACACUUUCUUUUUUCUUUUUUUAACUUCAAUAUGUUUCUUUCACUUGAUCAGUAACAACUGUAACCAUGUAGUUUGCUUUGCCUGACUUCAAAUAUACUUUCACUAGAAGAUCAUUGUAAUUUAAAUCCACUCAGUGGUGCUUUGCUUUUGUAAUUUCUUAAGAUUAAGUAGUAUACCUUGCACCUGUUUUAAUGAUACUGCACAUUGAUAACAUUUUUACUCAUUUAAAGCCAUGUUUACUGAUAGAGCUUUAGGACCAAAAAAAUUCUAAAAGGCAGGCUUCACACAUUCAAAUAACUUGAACAAGUAAUUGAUAUAGCUUAAACCCUCGCUAGUUCUGAAUUUUACAAGUUAAGGUCACAUAACCUUAAAAUCAUGUACUUAAAAAAAAAGUUGGUAGAAAUACAUUCCAGUGAUGAAGAAAAUAUUCAAGGUCACUAAUGCCAAUUCAAUCUUCUCUCCGACGUUCAAGAUGCAUAGGCUGACUUUUAACUGGACUUUGGAGUUUUCUUAAGGGAAUGAUGGAAACUUUAUUACUAAAGAUGGUAAAGUCGUCAGUAACAGAAAAUCAGGGGGUCAACAGAGGAGGGAAGGUGUCCAAAUACAAGUGAGAAUCAGUAAAUUGUAUGUGGGAAUCUAAACUGACUUAUGUAAUUUCUCAAGACCCCCCAAAUAAGAAAAGAGUAAAAGAAUUUUGAAAGGGAAAAAAAAAACAAACCCAAAACAACCAAAGAGGUGAGGCACAGCCAUUUUGAUGUUGGGGGGUGCCUAACUACUCAAUGAGGUCAUCCUAUCUCCCGGAAGUGACACGUAAUCACCUGCUUUGCACUAGCUCCGCCCCUUCCCUCAGAGGUCCCGCCCCUCCGCCAGCAGCCGGGAGGGUGUUAGGGGGCGUUUCUCCAGGAGGAAAGCUGUGAGCUGCGACGCUGAGGAAGGGGACCCCAAAACGUCUGGCACUGCCCCCUCCAGGGAUCACUUUGGACCGCAUCACUCGGCCCAGCGGGAUUCAGAAACGCCGAGGGGUCAACCUGAUGGGUUUCGGGGUCAACGGAAGAGGGGAAGGGGAGCCCUGGCGGGGAGAACCCCCCGGUCCCCCGCCCAGCAGCUGAGGCACAGGAGGGCGGCCAUCUUGGCCGGGAGGGUAGGGCUGGGGAGCUGCGGGCGCCGUGCGAUUGGGGGGCUCGCCCGGAAGUGACGCCAACUACCCGGAAGCGGAGGGGGUUCCCUGGCCCACUCCCCCCUCGUUCGUUUGCUCCCCCGCUUCCUCCCCGCCCCCCUUCCUCUCCAUUCGUUUCCCCCCCCUCCCCGUUCCCUGCCUUCUUCCCCCCCCCACCCGUCCCUCCCCCCCCAACCUCCGGAGCUGGGAAGAGAGUCACGAUGGCGGCGAAAUCCGAUGGCGGUGGCGUGGGGGUGGGCUUCGCCCAGCUGCACAACCUGGACGAGGCGGUGGGCAGCGGCGGCGAGGAGGACGGGGAGCGGGGAGGCGGCUGCGGCGGCGGCGGCGACGGCAGCGAGCCCGGCGAGAGCAGCUCGCUGCACAUCUGCCACUGCUGCAACACCUCCUCGUGCUACUGGGGCUGCCGCUCCGCCUGCCUGCGCUCCCUCCUGGGCAAGAAGCCGCGCCGCAGCGCCGCCGCCGCCGCCGCCGACGGGGGGGACCAGCCGCUGCAGCCGCCCGCGGCCGCCGGCGCAGACCACGACCACCCGACGCCUGCCACUCGACCGCAACCGCCGCCGCCGCAGGUGGAGCGGCCGUGGCUCGACUGCCUGUGGAUCGUGCUGGCGCUGCUGGUCUUCUUCGGGGACGUGGGCACCGACCUGUGGCUGGCCCUCGACUACUACCGCAAGGGGGACUACGGCUUCUUCGGGCUGACCCCUCUUCUUCGUGCUGUGCCGUCGCUGCUGGUGCAGAGCCUGAGCUUCCGCUGGUUCGUGCAGGACUACACGGGCGGCGGGCUGGGCGCCGUGGAGGGGCUCAGCAGCCGGGGCCCCCCCAUGAUGGGGGCCGGCUAUGGCCACGGCGCGGCCCGCGGCGGCCCGGGCGUGGGGGGCUCGGCCACGCCGGGGGCGCAGCGCCUGUGCCGCCUCUCCGUGUGGAUCUGGCAGUCGGUCAUCCACCUGCUGCAGAUGGGGCAGGUGUGGAGGUAUAUCCGUACCAUGUACCUGGGGAUUCAGAGCCAGCGGCGGAAGGAACACCAGCGACGCUUCUACUGGGCUAUGAUGUACGAAUAUGCAGACGUCAACAUGUUGCGCCUCCUUGAGACCUUCCUGGAGAGCGCCCCCCAACUGGUGCUACAGCUCUGCAUAAUGAUCCAGAAGAACAGCGCUGAGACGCUGCCCUGUGUCUCCUCUGUGACUUCCCUGAUGUCCCUGGCUUGGGUGCUAGCCUCCUAUCACAAGCUGCUGCGGGACUCCAGGGACGACAAGAAGAGUAUGAGCUACAGAGGGGCCCUCAUCCAACUCUUCUGGCGCCUCUUCACCAUCUCAUCCAGAGUUAUCUCUUUUGCCCUCUUUGCUUCCAUAUUCCAGCUCUACUUUGGGAUCUUCGUGGUGGUUCACUGGUGUGCCAUGGCCUUCUGGAUCAUCCAUGGCGGAACAGACUUCUGCAUGUCCAAGUGGGAGGAGAUCCUCUUCAACAUGGUGGUAGGGAUUGUGUACAUUUUCUGCUGGUUUAACGUCAAGGAAGGGCGGACUCGAUAUCGAAUGUUUGCAUAUUAUACGAUAGUCUUGACCGAGAAUGCUGCCUUGACGUUCCUUUGGUAUUUUUACAGAAACCCGGAGACCACUGACUCCUACGCGGUGCCAGCACUGUGUUGUGUCUUUAUUAGCUUUGUGGCUGGGAUCGCAAUGAUGCUCUUAUAUUACGGUGUGCUGCAUCCCAUGGGGCCGCGAGCUAAGAUUUUUGCCAGCUCCUGUUGUGCCGAGCUGCUCUGGGGCAUCCCUUUGCCCCCCGAUGUUGAGCCCAUGGCGCCUCAGACCCCUGGGUACCGGGGGACCCAGGUCACGCCCACCAGAGCCGUAACGGAACAACAGGAGGAUCUCACGGCUGACACUUGCUUGCCCGUUUUCCAAGUGAGACCCAUGGGGCCCCCUACCCCGUUGGGGCGUCCUUACUACCCAGAAGGGCCCCUCAUUAAGAUUGACAUGCCAAGAAAGAGAUACCCAGCUUGGGAUGCUCAUUUUGUAGACAGGAGGUUGAGAAGGACUAUUAACAUUCUGCAGUAUGUCACCCCCACCGCAGUAGGCAUUCGGUAUCGAGACGGACCGCUCCUUUAUGAGUUGCUACAGUAUGAGUCUUCACUCUAAGAGCAUCUUGACCCAAGUUGAGAAGGGGACCUUAAAUUUGGUUUGCAGUAAACACCGCUCACAAGAAAUAUAACCCUCCCUUCCCCCAAUACACAAAACCACCACCACCAUCACCACCACCAAUGCUACAAAAAAAAAAAAGAAAAGAAUAAGUCACAACCCCUUCAGAUAAGCUUUCUUUCCAG